AAGAUUCCUAAAACUUCCAUAGAUACCAGCUUUGUGUCGUCAUUUUCCUUUGAUUAGAUUAGGUUAAGUUUCGUCUGUGGACUUAAUAUAUCAAAGAGAAUUAUGAGUGUAUUUCCUGGAUUUGGUGGCUGGAUCAAUCAGAAUAUUCAACAACGUCCUGAGGCUGAAUCUGGGAGAUCUGAGAAUGUUAAAUCUAGUCCAGUGUCAGAGAAAGACACUAAUCUAAAACCUUGGUAUGAUGAACCUGGUAAGACUACAGCUAUGGAACCUGGGGAUGUAAAGUCUAAGCCACUGCAUGAAGUUCAUGAAAGAGAAAAUGAAGUUCAUGAAAGUGUUUGAGGGUAGCUGGAAAGUCGAGCCACUAUACGUAGAUCAGGAACGCUUUUGCAGGUCUAGGUCGGUGAAUAGUCAAGAAGAGUACAAAAAAUGUAGCGGCGGACGAGGAAGAAUUGCAUCGAUGGUGACAAUGGAGCUUAUCUUUUAGCCUUCUACCCUUCUUAAUCUGCCACCGGUUUCUUGGAUCAUCCGUGGGAUCACCAUCAAAAUCACCAAAAUGUUGCUAGAAGAUCUUAGAAAAUAUGUUAUCAUGAUCCACAAAAGUGAUGUUACCACUUGAUUAGAUUUUUUUUGUAAAAACACAUAAAAAUGAAAAGUCUCAUUAUUUUGC